AGGAAAUUCUGACUUAAUUGUACAGAGCACAUUAGCACACUGUGAUAUCAGCUCUGUUAGGGCUGAACUUUUAAAAACGGGUGAAGCAUUCAUCUGCUGAGACUCACUUUCCAGGGUUCUUACUAAGUUGAGAGGAGAAAGAAAGGGAAGAACGGGGGAAAAAGAAUGUCUUCAAUGAACUCGUCUGCAUCCCAUCACACAGAGAGAGGAUGUUUCAAAAAUUUCCAAGUGCUCUCAUGGACUAUGGCUGGGGCCUCCAUCCUGUUUCUCAGUGUCUGUUUCAUCACCAGAUGUGCUGUAACGUAUCGCAGCUGUCUAAUGUACGAGCAGAAAAAGCUACAGUCACACGAAACAGUCAAGGAGCUGUCCUGCUACAGUGUCACAUCAGGUUCAGUCAAGAACUGCUGUCCUUUGAACUGGAAACACUUUCAGUCUAGUUGUUACUUUUUCUCCACGACCACCCUGACCUGGCCAUCAAGUUUAAAGAAUUGCUCAGAAAUGGGGGCUCACCUGGUGGUUAUCAACACACCGGAAGAGCAGGAAUUCCUUUUUCAUACAAAACCCAAGAAAAAAGAGUUUUAUAUUGGACUGACAGACCAGGUGGUGGAGGGCCAGUGGCAAUGGGUUGAUGACACACCUUUCACAGAGAACCUGAGUUUCUGGGAUGCUGGAGAGCCUAACAAUAUAGUUUAUGUGGAGGACUGUGUCACCAUAAGGGACUCUGGAAAUCCCAGGAAGAAUUGGAAUGAUAUACCGUGUUUUUACAGCAUGCCUUGGAUUUGUGAAAUGCCAGAAAUAAGUCCUUCGAACUAAAUGCAAUUGAACAGGGGAGACAUGAUUUAAAUGCGUGAGGAGAAACAGGAAUGUAACAACACCCAAAAUCCAACAUGGGAAAACAUCCAUUAUGGACCACAAGGACCACUUAUGUGUGUGUUACUCUAAGUAAAAGUGACUUGUUCCAUUGUUAAAAUCCCUAGUACUGACCGAUGUUCUCGCCAUAACCUGCAAGUCCUGUUUUCAGAACUUGUGGAAUAAUCCACUAAUAAAUGCAGCAAGAGAAAAGGGACUGUUCUUUUGACAUCCAUCUUGCUUAUGAGAAUUAAAAUGAAAAUAUAGGUACAGAGAGAGUGAGUAUGCAGUCUAGUGAAGAAGUCUAUAGACUUUGGAUGGUCACCAGAUCUUCCUCUUCUUUCUACAUCAAAGGAUCUAGCUUAUCUCCUCAUGUUGUUAAUGCAUAGAUCAUGUCCAUGUUCUCCAACAGCAAGGAAGAAGCAUCUGUGAGUCUUGAGGCUUACUGCAGCUCAGGAGAAUGGCAUGGCCAUCAGCACAUCUCCAUAGGGAAAGGCCAAACUUCAGCUCCAAACAGACGGGUGGUCUAGUCCACUCUUCCCUGGACCUCCAUUUUCUCUGUGUUUUCCUCUAUCAACUGGAUCUUGCCUGCAUUUGUAUCUGCUGUUCAAGUAGAACCAGAGUUCAAAGUGAGAUUGCCCUUUAGAAGUUCAGUUUCACACUUUCUUGUCUCAAGACUUUCCAUUUAUCAUAUGAUAUUCUGUCAGUGAAGACCAUGGUUCUUCCAGACAGAGUCAUAAAGAGAUCUUCAGCAGCAUUCACACGCUGGAAUAACAUGUAUCCUUGAGUAGGGGAAUUUAACUAAACAAAUCAAUUUGAUAUAUUAACAUUCUUUACAAGCAUUUCAAUUAGGCAUCUUAACAAUCUGAUUUUGAAAUUAAAAUCCUUCUUUUAAACACAAAGUCAUUUAAACUAAAAGAAAUCUUACAACCAUACAUUUGACUCUCUAAUUCAUUUUUAAAAAUUAUUUCUGUUUGAAAAUUUCAUGCACUGUAUAGAAUUCACUUUUAACAAACCCAUCCUCAUUCGCUCCACUACAACCUGCCCCUAGCCACCUCACUUCCUUCCCCUCCCAGCUUCAUGUGCUCUUUUUCUUUUGAAACCCAUAGUGUCUGCUCUGUGCUGCUUGUAUGCACUUGGGUGUAAUAUCUUCUAUGGAGCAUGGGCAGUCUCUCAGGAAUCACAUCCUGCACUCCACCUCCUCCAGCAACCAACCCUUGUCAAUAGCUUCUCCUCUGAGGAUAGGACUCCAUGAGCUCUAUGCCAUCCAUGCUGGAUUUGGGAUGUCUUCUAUUACCUUUAUUGUGUUGAGAUAUAUCCCCUGUUCCCCUAGAAUCACCAGAAGUUUUAUUGUGAAGAGAUCCUGGAUUUUGUUAAAGUGACGAUGUUGUGGGAUAUUUUGAUCAUGCUCUGAUGCUCCUGAGACUGACAAUAAAGUUUACCCUGAAUCAGA